AUGAAUUAUUUAUUUGAAAAGAUAUCGUGGAAAAGCUGCACUACGGAACACCUUCAAAGCUACAAUAAGAAACUGGUUAACUCGGCAACUGAUCUGCUGAGCAAAGAUUUUUCGAACAUUAACAAUUUUUAUGAAGAGCUGAGUAAUUUAAUAAAGAGUGCGGCAAUGGUCCUACCACGGGUUCAAUAUAAGAAACAUAUAAAACCAUACUGGAAUAACUGUCUUAAACAAGCGAAACGUUCCGUUAUGGCUGCGAGGGCAAAAUGGAAAAAAGAGGGAUCCCCAAGGGCCUCAGAAAACGUUUAUUAUAGACAAUAUAGGAAGGCACAACGUAGAGCUGUUUGGGAAUACGAAAGAAAAGAAUUCGAUGACAUAGCCAAUUCUAUAGAGUUAGAUCACGAGACGUAUUGGAAACUGAUUAAAACCAAAGUACAUAGGAAAAAGAAAAAACAAAAGGUGGUGGCUUUAGAGGUGGAUAAUGCUGUGCUUACGAACCCCCAAGUAGUCGCAGAUCUCUGGGCAAACUAUUACGAGAAGUUAGCUACCCCUCCGGAACAUGUGGACCAAGAAGCGAUGAAAAGUAAAGUUGAUGAAAUUUUAAAGAACUCGGAGGGCAUGUAUGACUAUACAUUUAAUUCUUCUAUAACAGCGGAGGAAAUCACUUCAGUAAUUAAUACUCUUCCUAAGGGAAAAUCACGUGGUAUAGAUGGAAUUACAUAUGAACAUAUUAAAUAUGGAGGUGAAAUUAUCGUAGAACUGCUACUGAAACUGUUUAGUUAUAUUAUCGAGCUUGAAGAGAUUCCAAAGUCCUUCAAAAUGGUGAUUAAGAUCCCUAUUCCUAAAGGCAAUAAAACUUCAUGA